UAGGUGGCACGAGCCGUGGGUUUCAGUGGCCGGCAAACCGUCAGAGCGUCUCGACGCCUUUCGACGCCUCUCCACGCACGCGAUGUGUCGCUGUAUUAUUUUCCUAUUGCAUAUCGAGCCAUCGCGAUUCUUCUUCCGGGACUGGACAGCAUUCGUUGUUUGACCGAUCAUUUUUGUAAGAAUAAAUCUUGUGUUCUGUUGUCUUUACAAAAAAUCGACUUUAUUUUAUCAGUUAUCGUCAUGUAUGACGGUUAAGAAUAAUUUUCGAAAUUUACGGCGUCGUACUUUUUUUCGAAUAUAUUCACGUAGAACGCGGUAUUGUUUUACCCCCCAUUGUGAGACGUGACGUGAAUUGUGCUUAUUCGUUGCUGCGAAUCAGUGGACUCUCUUGUGCUUGUUUACAUUGUGUAGGGAGGAGAGUGUGUGUCAGCGGUGUUGCACGGAGCAGCGCAAGGCUUCCCCCUGGCAGCAUACUGGGAAUAAGAUUGCAGAGGACAAGGAAUCAGAGCGAUCGGCAAUCGAUAGCUGGCGUCAUUGGAAUUUCUGGCUGGCAUCUAGAGAAGAAGAAAAAAAGAUAAAGCGUGCGAAAAGAAACAAGACUAGAUCGCCGAGCGUCAUCAACCGAAGAAUUCCGUGGCAAUCGACGCUUGGGUCGGCGUUGUGGAAUUAUUAGGGAACGAAAGGAGAGAAAGAAAAAUACGCAUACUCGAUACCUCGCGAUAGAGGGAGGGAGGAGCCAUUGAUAUAAGCCUGAACUGACCUCGAUGGAAACUAUCGGGAGAUCACUUCGUGAAAUAGAGACCUUGAAUUCGUAAGAUCAGGGACCAGUUAUCUCCUUCGUUCAAAAUUACGAGGCUGAUUGAUAAUACCAGAAUCGAGCAAACAUUUAACUCUUGGCUAAAGCAACAAACUUCAGCUGCUGCUACUGCGUUGCCGUCCGGUCGGCUGCAGUUCGCUUCGAUCCGAAACACUGACCAGCGCAAUCGCCAUCUGCUAGAAAUCAAAGAGAAUACAAAGAAGGCAGAAUCCUGGGCACACGGUGCUCCCAUCGCUCUGGCCGAUUCCACCUUUAGUCAUCCUCGGCGCAUCGAAGCAUCGGCAGCAACCUGAAAGAUCAGGGUCGCGGUUACGGUCCCCGUGUAAACACUUCCUAAAGUUACUUCACUGUGGCAUUGGGCAAUGUGCCCAACUUGCGAAGGGAAUUAUGCGGCCUAUAAAAUGAGUGUCAUAAGACGGAUUUAAAAUAGGAGUCGUAGCCAUUUCAGAAUGAAACGCCUUAUUGUCUUGACUCUUUUAUGAGAGAUCGGCCACCUUCCCUUGCCAGUACAGAAGACUCGAGGAAGCGAGCGUCUGGUAAAGGAGAAGAACCAAGCCAGUUUCGAGUGGACCUUAAAGUGCCGUUUCCAACUCGCUAUCUAUGGUACUCGAAGAUCAGUUCGGCGAAGGCUAAAAUUAAAAGGCACCUUCGGGGCAAAGGUCUUUAACCUUCGAGAAGCAACCGGCCUCUGUGAUGGUCAGACAUGGCGUCAAGAUCGACUCAAAUCGUCCUGCUCCUCCUGGCGACGAGGUUCACGCUUCUCCUGUCGACCCCAUUCCCGUCGAUCACAAGAAGUGUCGUGGCAGUCAAGUUAACCGGAGGUCACAUGGAGAUCGUCCACGAGGAACGCUGCUCGGACUCGACUCUCAGGUUGACAUGUAGAUCAUUGAAGGCUUUCAUAUUCGUCCUGGAAGCCGAGUACCAAAUGGAUCGCACCGAAUACUGCGGCUACGACCUCAAGAGGGUCCAGGACCAGUCGAUCCGGUACAAGAACGGAAGAUCGCGGUACCGUUCCAAAACUAACCGACAACUCAGAGGAAACUACGUGGACGAGGAUGACGAAGAUCUCAGCAAUGUCGACCUCAGGAGUUCUUUAAACAGAAGAUGCUCCGGACAUCAGCACUGCCGGUUCAACAUGGCCACCGAUCAUCCAGGUGCAACGACCUGGAGCCCUGCCAACCUGAUCCUCAAAUAUGCCUGUAUCCCAGAAGCAGCAGUUCGCAAAUACUGCAAUACGCAAUUUUGGGUUCCUGGCGGUGAGGGAGGCUACCUCAAGUCCCCAGGAUAUCCACUCUACUACACUGGCGGCAAUACUUGCGGAUGGAUAUUCGCGUCCUUUCCAGGACAGAAGAUAGUACUUACCUUUCACGACUUAAAUAUUCGCAGUCCUGAAACGGAUGGCAGUUGCGUGGACGUUGUAAGGAUACGGGAGAACAGUAACACACUCUAUGAAUUCUGUGGAACAGCAGCCGGCAUAAAAGUCACAUCGUCCUCAAACAUAGUGACCCUUGACCUGAUCGCAUCUACCAGACUUUACCCAGCUCGAGGCUUCCUCGUCCAGUAUCAAGUCCUGGGUUGCCCGGAUGUGUCCCUGCCGAACGGAAGCUACGUGAUAAACAGCACGAUCGACAGCAGGACCGUUAUUUGCCAAGUAGGAUCGACUUUCCCGGACACGAAGAACAGGACGAGGAUCCUCGAGUGCAAGGAUGGACGCUGGAGCGAGGACAGCCUCCCGAAUUGCGUCGCUACCUCGGCAGUUAUCCUCAAGGCCGAGAGGGAGAACAAUCACAUCUCCAAUCUGUCGGAGGACAGUCUGACGUCGGGGGUGAGAAUCGGUCGAGGCGACGACGCAGCCGCAGAAAGCACGGAUUUCGUUAUGGAUUCGGCGCAACCAGCCAUGAUGAAGGAGGCAGACUACGUCGUAGACGUCGUCCUACCAACCAUCCUCAUCGCUUUGCUCUUCGUCGGCAAUGCUGUCAUCAUCUACAUCAUCUUUCAGUAUAGAAAGAGAAAAGUACCAGCGUUCCAAGGAGAAGAUGUGGCCUUAAGUGCUCCCUCAGGAGUUCCGCAGGUGUGACUGCGGUUCUCACGUAAAGACUAGGAUAAGAUACGCAUAGAUAAAACUAUUAAGACUAUUUUGUUGCCGUCAUAAAAGAGUUUGCAAAAGUGCCGAGCUGAUUCCUCGCCAGCCUACGAAACACGUAGUGGUUGCUGCUCUGAUCUGUGUUCGCCUUGCGAUUCUUAGUUUCUUAUGAAAACCAUACACAUCGCCAUAAACAGGAACAGGUACCCUAUGGUGUGCCUAGGAUCCAGCUAAUACCGAACUUUGAGCUCGUUGAAAUGAUAAAGAGACAGAAUGACAACGAGUGAACAUUAUUUUCAUCAUUUCGCAUAAUUUUCACAACAUCGUUACCAUUAACGUGCUACCACAUUCAUUAUACUUCAUGACGCUGUAUUAUAACAUAGGAAGAUAAUAUAUUUCGUCUAAAUUGUAACUAAGUUAAAUAAACGGAUGUUUUCAUAAAA